AAUAAUGUUAAGGACUUUAAAUUUAAAGUCGUUAAAUUUGUACAUAUUAUCUAGCAGAGCUAUCAUUGUCAUUUCUUAGUAAGCUGAGUAAAUAAUAUACUUAAGUGUUCUGUCCAAAUUCCGAAUUUGGCUUUAAAACAAACAUAAAAAUAAUCAGGUGAUAUUUAUGAGGAUGUUAUUUACAAAUUUGUAAGAUUCGGUGGCAUGGCUAUUUCCUUUUGUAUAAGGUAAUGUUACAAAACGUUUCAUCCAUGAUAACUAAUUUGAGGAACACCGCAUCAGGUUAAAGCUGGUUGCUUCGUUUUCCUCGUUCAAUGUGUGUGAUAAUCGAAUGUGGAAAGCGGCUGUUCUUAUUAGGCUCUAUACCAUACCUAUGUACAUUGUAUGUUGUUUUAGAUAUGUACUUUGGAGUUUACUGGUAUUAACUGAACAAUUUAAAGGCAUUGUUAUUUGGCCAUUUGAAGCGCACUUACUAAGCACGUACAGCUGAACUAAUAUAUCUUUCAGUCUAUGUAACUGUUUUUUAAAUGAAUCUAAUUGAUAGUUUUUAAACAAAUUCCGUAUUAUAUUUUCUGGGACAUGUUCGCGUGGUUGAAUAUAAUAUACCCUGUUAUUAUACCAUUUUUGUAUACUACACGGAACUUUAAUUUAUAACUAAAUAAAUACUACAAAUUUAUAAAGAAGAUAUAAAGAAAAGCAAGUUUUGAAUGGCAAGUAAUAUAAUUUUAUGUUUACCUUUAAAUAUGUUUGUAAACAGAGUGGCUUAAACAAUAAGGAAAUUAUUUUAAAAACUAUAUUUAUAUGUGUUGAAAAGGUUGGUAAAUACAAAAGAUCGCUAUCUGUAUACUACGUAGGGUAAUAUAUCUGAAAAUUCCCAUUACAUGCCAUUGAUGUCUGAAAUAUAAAGUCGCCGUAAAGUGUAAAGUACUUUUAAAAUGUAAAGUCACUGUGAACUGUAAGUUUGACAGAAGGAUUUAGAAUUCAUCGAUAAUUAGAUCACUAAAAUUUAUCAGAAACAGCUAAAAAAUGUCGCAAUUUGUACAUAUUGUCGCGUCAUUCUUACUAUUAAACUAUUUCUGUAAACUUUCUGUGGGCAAAGUAAAUAUUCAAGGGGAUGUUAUAGUGACAGGUCUGUUUGGCAUUUAUGAACCAAACAGUAAGGUAUGCAGUGCCAUUGUGGACAUGAAUUCUGUUAUGAUCGUCGAAGCAAUUAAAUGGUAUUUCCAAAAUCUGAAUGAUUAUGGUAAACUGCCUUUUCGCAUUGGUUUUGAAUCAUUUGAAACGUGUUCCCUUGACGACAAGGCGUCAGAACAUGCAGUGACAAUUUUGAACAGGGCCCUAAGUAACGAAACCAUACUAGGUGUUCUAGGACCAGAAACAAGUUCCGAAGCCGAAGUCAUAUCCCGUAUCUUUGGCUCAGUCCCACAAAAACGCCAGUUACUCCAAAUCGGAUUUUCGACAACAGCAACGGAAUUGGGCAAUGAUAAAACAUAUCCUAAUUUUGCUCGAGUUGUUCCAAAUGAUGACAUUCAAGUAGAGAUGAUGGUCAAAUCUAUGGUUAAGUUGGAUUGGAACAGGAUUGCUGUAGUAUAUGAAGAUGAUGUCUAUGGUCACGACUGUUAUACCAGACUAAAGGUUAGAGCUGAACAAGAGGAUAUAUGUAUCGGAUUAACAAGGACUAUAACAAAUACCAAUGGAAUAAACGCCAACGAAAUUUCCCAGAUACUUCAAGAUAUCAUAAUUGGUAUUUCACAUUCACGUCCACCAAUAAAUGGAAUUGUAUUAAUAGCCUCAGCUUCAGUCGCUAACUCUCUCAUGUUAUCUUUAGAUAAGUCCAAAUAUUCAUCGUUUCCAAUUAUAAUGUUUUCUGAUGGUUCAAAUUUGGAUGGAAACGUGUUUAAGCGCUUUAACGGGGAUUUGAUAUCUAAAUCGAAAGGGUCUUUGGCAGUAGCUCCACCGUACAGAGAAAUCACUGAGUUUACAGAACACUGGAAGUCAAUUUUCAAAAAUGCGACCCACUUCAAUCAAGAAACUGCAUCAAAUCCUUGGUUACUUGAUGUCUUUUACAAAGUAAGAAAUUGUUGGAAAAAGAAUUGUAACUUUACUAUUCUUACCGACAAAGAAAUAGAAAAAUAUUUCAGUCAACAGCCGCUUUAUGUAAGUUAUGCUGUUGCCGCUCAACAUGCCAUUAUUAAAGCUGCUGUCAACCUUCGAACAAGCUAUUGUGCCACCAAGUCAAGUGCAUGUGCUGGGUUUGUGAGCAAUUUCCAACAGGGCAAAAUGAUAGAUGCUGUAAAAGGACUUCGCAUUGACUUUCAGGGUGAUUUUUUAUGGGGGCCCGCUUCCCUCCGGAAUGAAAACAUACGGCUCACUAUUGACCAGUCAGGGGAAGUGACUCAGCCAUUGUACGAGCUGUUUAACAUCCAGACGUCAAAAAACUACCAGUUAGACGGUUUGAGAUUUAAGAAGAUUGGCAUCUUGACAAAUAAUGAAGCAACUAUUGAUUACGAUGCUAUUAGAGACUAUAACACAUUAGGCGAGGUACUACGGUGGCCAAGGGUCCGUAUAGCUCAAUGUUUGCCUGGCAAAAUUUGCUCUGAAUGUAUUCCAUUAACACAGCUGCAAGAAGAUAUGAUAUUUGAGGCCGGGGAUGUAUAUGUAGUCGGUAUCGUUCCUGUUUUCCUAAAAAGUGGUAUACAGGACUGUGGCGCGAUAUCUGACAACAGUGGAUACCAGAUAGCUGAAUCUAUUAAAUUUGCUGUACAAAAAGUAAACGGUGAAAACGGAGACUACUCAAGCUUCUUCCCUGGAAUGAAAAUUGGUUUAAUAAUUAUCAACUCUUGCACGAGCCCUGCUGUUGUUCAAAGAAAGAUAUACAACCUUCAUAAAAAUGGCAUUACAUUGGACAAUGGAACUGUAGUUCAUGUUAAUGAUAAAAUAAUUGGUUAUGUUGCAGAAUAUACAAGUACUGUUAGCAUUUCUGUGGCUUCUACUUUGUCUAUUUUGAAGUUUGUACAGAUCAGCUAUGCAUCUACCAGCCCAGCUUUAAGUGACAGGGCUACAUUUCCUUACUUCAUGAGGGUUGUAACGCCGGAUGAUGCACAGGCUAAAGCUAUGGUAGAAAUAGUUAAAAAAUUAAAUGUCAAUUAUAUACAGAUUAUUUACAGUGAAGGGGCCUACGGAAAACAUGGCCGUGAUAAAGUUAUGGAAUCAGCAGUUUCCAAUAAGAUUUGUGUUGUACAAGAUAUUUCCGUGAAUGAUGUAGAUAGUUCGUUUCAGAUUUACGACAAAUUGAGGAAGUAUGCUCAAGCAAAGCUUGUAAUAGUUUUCCUUUACACCAACCAUCUUCAAAAUAUCGUUUCCGCUCUCACGACACAAAUGAAGCGCGGAGAGUUUGUUUUCUUAGGAUCGGAGGCGUGGGCACGUGAUGGGACUAUCUUAGCUAAAGACACAAACCACAUUAUACUUGGAUCGUUUACCGUGUCACUAGAAAUGUAUAAGGAUCGGGAACUAAGAAACCACGUGCAAAACAUAAAGCCCAAACCUUAUCGCACCGACCCGUGGGCUAUGAUGUUUAUUCAAGCCAAGAGAAAUUGCUUCUACGAUCUGAGUUUUGACAAGACCCAAGCCGACAAAUGCAGUGUAGCUAAUGACCAUAGCAGAGAUCCAGACUUCACUUUAGACACAUACGAUACCCAAGCUUACGUCGCAACAAAAUGCCUUCUGACUGGAGCAGAUGCCUUCUUAAAGACCAAAUGCGGAUCUUCGGCUUCUAGUCUGUGUAAAGAUUUUCUUAGCAAUACUGAAGGUUUGGUAGAAGAGAUAUUGAAAACAAAGAUGGAUUUGGAUGGGUCUGGCAGCAAGAUGAAAGUGUUCAACAGAAACGGUGAUGGAAAUAUAGGGUACAGAAUUUACAAUAUACAGAAAGAUGAUGUUGAUCCAUCAACGCUUGUCUAUAAAGAGAUAGGACGAUAUCCCCUCGAAGGUACUUUCACAUUUGAAACGGACAAGAUAGUUUAUCCAAACGAUAUGCCUCUACGUUCAAAGUGUCCGAAUGAGCAAGCUUGCAUCAAUUGCUUUGCACGCAUUGGAAAUAAUGUAAAGAAUGUCCCAGACACACCACAGGAAGACACAAUUGCUACUACGACAUUAGCUGCUGUUCUCGGUACUCUCCUGGGGAUAGCGAUCGUAACGGGUGCAGUCCUAGCUGCCAUACUGUGUACAAAAAGAAGGAAAGAACAAGACAAUAAAAAUGACAUUUUCCUCAGAACAAAUAUGACAUAUUCACAGGGCGAGGUUAUAAUGAAGAGAGAGGAAGUGACGCCCAGUAAAAUCUACAUGGAAAUCCCAGCAACACGUGAACAAAGAUAUGUUCGAAUGGACAACCAAACCGAGAAUCCAAGAGUGGACAAUAAAUGACUGCAGACAUCUUAAAUUUUUCUCAAAAUUGUAUUUUGUUAUUUUAACAUGUAUAAAUGUUUAGUUCUGCUCAACCGGGGGCUAGAAAGCGCCGCGCCGGACGGUAGAUUGCACUUCCACUACCGUCGACGAACUGACCCAAUCAGACUAAACCUGCAACGUUUGUCGUGUUGGGCGGGCUGUGAUUUUUACUUAUUUCUACUUUAUCAUUCAAACCCACAACGAAAGAAGACAAAGUCGAACCUUGGUAUCCCGAAUUCCAAGAGAUCGAUCGUUUUACUUCGAGAAAACCGAAGUUUGACUUAAAAUGAUAUUCUGUGCACGUUAUUCUGGACGGGACUUGAAAACGUGUUCGAGAUAACCGGAAUUAUGAGAUAAAUGAGUUCGAAAUAUCGAAUUUCAACUGUGUAUUCCUAGAUUUCUAAGAUUGUUUUCUCUCUUCUUUAGAUUGGUUUAGAUAUAUCAUAUUUCUCUUCUUUAGUCUUCUUGACUGUUGCCAUCUAUUAUUACUCUUUUAAUUCAUCAACCAUUGGAGGGUCAUUUCAAAAUUAUGGAAAGACGGUUUAGAAAGUACAAACGAAGAAAACAAAGGAUCAGAUAAAUGUCUAAUGUGCGAUUUUGUGUCAAAAUCAAUGUAUAACGUUUUACCUUGUAUAGUUUUUCGCCACGGUGUAUUUAGCCGUGACUGCUCUUUAUAACGCAUCACAGAGUAAAUGUAUUCUUUUGUAAUUCAAUGAUGGUAAUUAUACAUGAUUUGCCUGAAAUAUUGACACUACAGGUAACUUGUUACACAUAGUAGUAUUAGGCCGACAAUGUGUUUAAUGUCUAAACAUUUCAUUCAUUGAAUGUAGUAUUAUGCAUAGUAUUUGAUAUUUUAAGGGGAGUUUGGACAAUAUAUUGUCUCUACAGUUAUUUGUCUAUGUUUGAAAAAAAAAAUAUACUGAGAAGAGAUUGGCUGCAUAAGAUUGCAGCUGAAGUUGUGUUUGGUUCGGGAAGGGCCUAGAUAAUAUAUCUAAAACAGUGAUUUACUUUUGAAUACUAGUAAUAUUGUUUUUCAGAAGCGCAUGAUUUUACCACUCAAGCAGCGCCAUCGUGAUAUAAUUCCUUCGCAUAAUAACUCCAACAGUGAUUUUAUUCAACGGCAAAUCAAUCACUGUUUGAGAUAUAUUAGUUCUUUAGCAAUGCAAUCGAAACUGUUGACAGUAUGAAUUUUCUACAAGUGAAAGUAGAUAUGAUAUAUUAGUACAUUGUAUUAAUUGCUAAAUUUCUUUAAUCAUAACUGUGUUUCAGUGUACCCGUAUUUUUGUACAUAUUCUAAGAAAUUACGGUCGAUUCGGUAAUUAAAAUGCUCUAACGACAGUAAAUGCUCAAUAUAUGACUUUGUUUUGUGUACUAUAUUGUGUUACAUUAUAAUAUUACACAUAAAAACAUAGUGGUAAAAUGUUAAUGAUAAUGCGAAGAAGCUUGUAUAUUUAAAACUUUUA